AUGGCGGCAGCUCAGGUUUUUAUUAAUCCGUUUAAAACGAAAUUCGAGAAAAAGCCGAUACUCGUGGCGCCGGAAUUGGUAUUUAUCGACGAAGAAGCAGAGUCGGACGUUACGGAACCAGAGGCUGAGGCCGCAAACCCAAUGGAUACUUCACGGCCAAGCUCCGCAGUUGGCCCAUUGGACGAAGGGAGAACCCAAAAUGGUGUGGGAUCAAGCGACGAUACUGUCCCCGUACCCAAAUUGGACUCUAGCCCGAUAGUGGAAGCUGAUAAGCCAGAGAGUUCGAAUAAAUCAACAUCCGGAGAAACAAUAGCAGCGGUGGAGCCGGCCAAAAGGGUAAAGCUUGAUAUACCACCAAAGAAUCCCGCUAUGGAUGGAAAGUUCUCUACCAAAGACCGGAUACCACCACGUAUUCGGAGAGCAAGUACCAGUAUUUUCUCCCAUUCGACGACAGAAGCGCCCCAAUUGAAAUCUCCAAUGCAUUCUCCAUCACAAUCCCCACAACCCCAGCCUCGUUCUAAUAGGCUGUUCAGUAUGCCCGAUGUUCGUGCAGAGUCCCUAAGUCCCCCACCAAUACUUCGCCGUUCCUCCACACUACGUACUGGGCCUCCACCACCCCCAAAACCACUAUUCCGAGGACUUCAGAGGCGGCCAACUACCCCUGCAGAGUCGCAAGGUACCCGGCCAGUCCAAAGGGUUGGCUCGAUUAGCCUACCGUCUCUGGAUAUUAAACAAAAUUCUAGAGGACGGAUAUGCCGUGAGAGCGAGCUCCUACUAGAUCUCUUUAACAUCUUUAGAGACCAAUGGCCUGACAGACCGUACGCGGUAAUGAACCAAUUACGCAAUUCCCUUCUCCUAUCAUUGGCGGUAUUUGACGACGAUUAUGCAAAACCCCCAUUUGCAUCAGAACACGGUGGAGCUUCAUCGAUAAAACAAGUUGUAAGUAGGUUUCGCCGAAUAAGAGAAGGAAAAGAAACAAUAGAUUUAUGUCUCGUCAUCUGGGAACCUACAUUUAUGAGUUACCGGGAACAAAGUGUUUUGCAGGAGACCCACAGAUAUAAACCAAGAUAUUCUGGGAGAUCAAACGACUGGCAAGGAGCACAGAAGGUGAUAUGGUAUCCUUCGUGGGAGCCCACGACGAACGUCCCGGAAGGCAUGGCGGACAGGUUUUCGAGCGAAAGAGAUAGGAUAUGGAAGCAAGAUAAGGAAUUGACAUUUGAGACUGUAGUAUCCGACGGGGAUUGGUGUUAA